AUGGCGGAUAUUAUUAGCACUCUACCAGACGACAUUCUCUGUCAGAUUCUCUCUUUUCUUGAAACCAAACAAUCCGCGGCUACAAGCAUUCUUUCAAAGAGGUGGAUUCAUCUUUGCCUCUCAGUUUCCGCCCUGUAUUUCGACACCGAUCUUCAUUUUCAAACUGAAUGUUCUAUAUUUAAUGAUUUCAUGAACUCUGUUUUGCUUGCGCGAGAUGCCACACUUCCCAUUAAGAGUUUCCAUUUCAAGGUUGGAUACGGUUGUCUUCUUCGGUGCCCUAUUAUCAGUAUAACCAAAUGGAUCAAUUUUGUGGUACAAAGAAGAGUUGAGUACCUUUACCUCCAUCUCAGCCCAUCGGGAUCUUAUCCCGAAUUGCCUGUCACUAUUCUCACUUGCAAAACCCUUGUGGUUCUCAAGCUUUCUGGUUUUAAUGUGAAUGAGGGUUGUUCUUCCGUUGUACUUCCUUCCCUCAAAACCCUUCAUUUGACAUUUAUUGGGUUCCCUAAACCUCGAGACUUUAUCAUGUUUUUAUCUGGAUGUCCAGUUCUCGAGGAAUUACACACAUUUGAUGUUACAUUUUAUUAUGAUGAAUCUCUAACAUGUACCGAGUGGAAGAGCUUUUGCUUGAGUAACUUGACCAGAGCUGAUAUUCGUCGCACUCAUUCUUAUUUUCCAUUAAAAGCCGUUAACAACACACCUUCUCUGUGCCUUGAACUCAAUCAGGAGCAACAUUAUGGUUUGAUUCCUACUUUUCAUAAUUUGACUCAACUGGAGCUUAUUUCUCUCCGAUAUAGUUGCCAAAUCUUAGUUGAAGUUCUCAAUCACAGCCCUAUGCUUCAAAAGCUUGACCUUCGACAGGAGGAUAUUGAUAUUUUGAAAUGGAAACAUGGAGGACCUAAGUUUAUUGACUUGCUAGAUAAAUGCUUCAUGGGUGCCAUAGCUACUGGAUUCGCCCUUUACAAACCAUAUGAAGAUCAAUUACCUUGUGAAGGAUCAGAAUCUCUUUUUGGAGACGGCCAUGAGAAUAACACAAUUAAUGAAGAAGAAGGGGAUACAAAUAGUUUUGAUGUUGGAAAGGAAGUACAAGCAAACCCAACACCAAGUUCUUCCAAAAAGAGGAAGAUUUCAAGGAAAGGAGAGAAAAUUGGGACAACAAAGAAACUUCAACGAUCUCUUGAUCGUAUACUCGAUGGGUUUGGGCCAAGCCAACAAGCACUCCCACAAGACAACAUAAGUUAUGCAAAAUGUUUGAAAAUGUUGGAUGAAAACUCGCCUUUUCGUUUUUCCGAAAAAACUUGA